AUGUCGACCUUCACAUUCCUCACUGCCCUAAAGCCAUUCAAAACCCAAUGGAAGAUCCGUGUCAAGAUACUGAAGUUGUGGAAACAAUAUUUGAAUGUGAUCGGGACUAUGGAGAUGGUCGUUGUCGAUGAAUUGUUCAUCAAAAAAUUUGAAAAUCUUCUAGAGGAAGGAACUACUAAGAUCAUCACUAAUUUUCAAGUCACUCACAACGGUGGAAAGUUCAGGACUACCUCUCAUGUUUACAAGAUCCAGUUUGCUGCCAAAACGUCUGUCAGGCCUUCUGAAGAUUUGGAUGCCAAAAUUCUUGGGUUGAAGUUUGUGAACUUCACUGAUAUUCACGAUGGCAAGUUGAAUCCAGAUUUUCUAAUAGAUAUUGUUGGACAAAUUGUUAGUAUUGGUGAGGUUGAGAUUCUCAACGUUAACAAAAAACAGACCAAAUGUCUUACAAUGACACUUCGUGACACCAGCUUACCAAAGGAUGAUGUGACUUUGUCAUACACACACCCUAACCAAUUGACCAUUGUCAAUUCUGUUUCUGUAAGAGAUGAUUUCUUUUUACAUACCCCUCGCCGGAUAAUAAGUGAAAUACUUGGUGCUUCUGAGGUUGAGAAAAGUGUGACUAUGGCUACCAUCAUGUCGAUCGACACUGAGUUUGGAUGGUUUAUGCUGACUUUCCGUGUUAUGGACAACACUGGCGAAACAAAGUUCUUAAUCUUUGAUAAGCUUGCCAUGGAAGUUGUAAAUCAAACAGCUACACAAUUGACUGAAUCUGUGGAAGAGAUCCAAGACCCAGACGUGCUACCUCUUCCAAUUAGUAACAUUUGUGGGAAAACUUAUCUGUUCAAACUAUCUAUUGAGAGUUCAAACAUCGUUUUCAACAGUGACGUCUACAAAGUUACAAAGAUUGUGACCCAAAGUGACAUGACUACCCCUGAUGUCAAGUCUGAAGAAAUGGGGUUUAUAACUCCCGAUGAACAGGUUCCUAAGAUGUUACUUGACAGUGGCGAAGAUGAUAAUUCACCACAGUCAAAAAGGAAAAGCGAGGAGAUGAUUGAUUUGGAUGAUCCUAAUGGAGAGCAGUCUACUUCUAAGAAACCUUUCACUGUGGACAUGAAGACUGGAUCGAGUGAAGAAACGAUUUCUCUGAAGCUUGUUAAGAAGGAGAAAGUUGAUGACUGA